CAGAACAUAAAAUGUCGUAACAAUUCUAAUUUAUAUAAGAAUUAAAAAUGGUAUCUACAAAAGUUGGAAUUUCCAGCGGAACUAAAACGAAUUCCUUCAUGAAAUCAUCACGAUCUAACAAAUUAGAUCCCCUAACCUUUCCAUAUAUCCGACCAGAAGAUGGAGUAAAAUCAUAUUUAUACUCGAAAAAGUGUAAUAAAAAAACAGUGCCACACAGCUUAUCUCUAAUUGACUCCAGCUUACCAUCUCUAAAACUGCAAAAGUUAUAUAAUACGCGCCUAAAAGAAGAAAGAAAUAUAUCACUUAUUGAAAAAAGACAAAUAAACAAGCGUCGACGCAAGAAAUUGGACCGACAAUGGAGCCAACUUACAUUACUUGAAACCAAACUGAAACGCAAUUUUGAAACUUUCAAUUAUUUUAUAACGGCAAAUCAUAGUAAAAAGAAACGAUUAAUAACCAACAUUAAAUUUCAAACUAAUCUUAUUACUAGCAGAGAAAAGCAAAUAAACGAAUUAAAAAUAAAAUAUGAUAAACUUAACGGUAUUAAGUGUCUUAUGCAACAAAAAAUCAAAGAAUUCAGUAUAUAUUCAGAUUAUUUACAAAAAGUAUGCGACAUUACAAAGGGUUUUCAGAGUUUGGCAGAUAGCGCACAGUAUCAUUUUAAAAACGAAACAGAUAUCAUAAACAAAUAUGAGAAUUUCCUUGUUUCUAAAAAGAUGAUUUUUGCCCGUCAUGAAUAUUAUCGUAUGGAAAUCGAACGGAUACAAAAUAUGUAUUAUAAAAUGAUCAAGGAAAAGUACGACAACUUGCAGUCCUUGGAACUCUUUUUAGCUACAAUAAUAACAAGAUUCAAACUAGCUAGACAAGAAUCCGCAAGAUGGGAAAAACAAGUUUACGUGAUUCUAGAAAGAUCAUUGUGUAUUAAACGAGAUAAUGCUGAUACUCAAAUGGAUAUUCAAAGCUUGUAUCGACAAUUCGCGGAACGAAACAAUAUUACCCACCGAUUAAAUGUUACCGAUUAUAAAGAACAAUUAGAUUAUAUCAAAUCAUGUUUGAAUAAAUUGGAUAAGGUUUUAAACAUAAUUAAGCCCAUGGAAAGAAUCGUAUAAUCUUAUUUAUAAUCUAUAUCUUUAAUUUAUAAUUUACAAUAAUAUUUUUACAAUUGUAAGGACAUAAUCCUGAAAAUAUAACUAUAAUUAUUA